AUGGAAUCUGCAUAUGCCCAACUGAUCCACUUGCGCCGAGAUGCGACAUUUGGAAACACUACCUAUAGCCCAGUCCAAUAUGAGCAUCGGGGCGACGUAUUGCGUACACAUCCCUCAAUAAAAGGGACAGGCAUACGCACAGUUAAAUCCAACUGCCUUCAUCGAGACACCCUCACGAAGAUAUACACGGAUGGCUCGAAGCAUGAACAUGGAGUAGGUAGUGCCUUUAUACACUAUGAUGGUUCCAACACCGAAUACACAUGGAAAGGACAUCUGAAACCGGAAAACAGCGUCUUUCAGGCGGAAGUUACUGCUCUCACAGCAGCGGUACAGCAUAUACUCAACAACAAUAUACAGGCAGCUACCAUAUACACGGACAGCCUUUCAGCAAUAAAUGCAAUAGAGAAUCAACACCAUGUAUCGCCGAGCAUCAUUAACUUGCAAGACAUCCUGCAGCAUAAUCGUCACACUAAAAUUACCAUGGUCUGGGUCAAAGCCCACGAUGGCAACCAGGGAAAUGAAGCAGCUGACCGUUUGGCUAAGGAUGCUGCAAGCAAUCUCGAAGCGCAGGAACAUCAUCCUAUCUAA